AUGGAGAAGAGCUCGAUGAGCAGCGGCAGCAGCAGGAGCAACAUGGGUUCGGCCUCAGCGGCCAUCAGCAGCUCCGAUCUCAUCGACGCCAAGCUCGAGGAGCACCAGCUCUGCGCCGGAUCCAAGCACUGCCCCGGCUGCGGCCACAAGCUCGUCAAGCCGGAUUGGUUAGGUCUGCCAGCUGGGGUAAAAUUCGAUCCGACCGAUCAGGAGCUGAUCGAGCACCUCGAGGCCAAGGUCGAGGCGAAACACGACAUGAAAUCUCACCCUCUCAUCGACGAGUUCAUCCCCACCAUCGAGGGGGAGGACGGCAUCUGUUACACCCAUCCCGAGAAACUCCCCGGAGUAACAAGAGACGGUUUGAGCAGGCAUUUCUUCCACAGGCCAUCGAAAGCUUACACCACGGGGACAAGAAAGCGCAGGAAGAUACAGAACGAGUGCGACCUCCAAGGCGGGGAAACCCGGUGGCACAAAACGGGGAAAACCCGACCCGUUAUGGUCAACGGCAAGCAGAAGGGUUGCAAGAAGAUCUUGGUUCUCUACACCAACUUCGGCAAGAACAGGAAACCGGAAAAGACCAACUGGGUCAUGCACCAGUACCACUUGGGACAACACGAGGAAGAGAAAGAAGGCGAGUUAGUGGUAUCCAAGAUAUUUUACCAAACCCAGCCCAGACAGUGCAACUGGGUCGAUCGCACCGGUGUUGGCGGCGGUGGCAAUGUUGGGUUGAUGGCGGUUGGUGGUGGUGGAGGAGAAGGAAGCACGAGCGGGAGUUGUUCUUCUUCCAAGGAAGUUAUCAUCCAUCACGGUCAGAGGGAGAGUGGUCUUGAUCAGCUUCAUGGAGCUGUUGCGGCGGUCAUGUCGAGUUACUCUACUCCCAUGGAGAUCGCGCAGCAGAUGAAGUCUCAUGAUCAACAUCAUCAUUUCGGGUUCGCCCAGUUCAGGAAAAGUGGGUUUGAUGAGGUGGGGAUGGUAGUAACAGGUGGAGGAGGAGAGGCUUCAACGGCAAGGGAAGGCGGGCCGGCCCAAACGUCCGGCACGUGCGAUGAGAUCGGAGAUCACCAUCAUCACCAUCAAAAUCCACAUCAUCAUCAGACGGCGCCACAUCAUCAUCAACAUCUGGCCCACGACCAUCCACAUCAGCACCAUGCAGUCGCAGUAGCAGCGCAUCACCAUCAACAGCAUCAUCAUCAGAACAUAGCUGCAACGUCGGCGGCGGCGGCGUUCCACAUAAGCAGGCCGUCGCCGCCGAUCUCGGCGAUCAUCUCGCCGCCUCCGAUCCACCACACCUCCAUCAUCCUCGACCAGGAUCCCUACCACGUCUCCCGCCUCAUGCUCCACAACGAGAUCCAACAGCAGCGGCAGCAGGAAGAGCAGCAGCAGCAUCAUAAGAUGGUCGGAGGAAGGUCGGCGUCUGGCCUGGAAGAGCUCAUAAUGGGGUGCACUUCGUCGUCGGCGGCCUCUGAUAUUAAAGAAGAAUCCUCCAUUGCCAACCCUCAAGAAGCAGCAGAAUGGAUGAAGACCUACUCUUCUUUCUGGCCAGACCCUGACAACCAAGAUCAUCAUGGGUAA